AUGAACGAUGAGGCCGAGUCGUCUCGAGCUCCACAGCGCCAGAACGAUGCUGCAUCCCACCUGGCCGACUUGGAGGAUGCCUUAGCACGCUUUGAAGAGGCCGAAGAGCACGAGAAGCAGAAGCAGGUCAAACAGAGAAGAUUGGAUGCAAAAAGAAAACGCAUACAGAUGCUGGGCGAGCUUCUGCGUGACUUGGACAUGGUUGUCUACCUGGAACUCAUCACACUCUACCACUUGGACUGCUCGUUCUUCUGGCUUUUGUUCAAGGCCUUUACACAUGGCUUCCUGCUGACGCCUCUCCCCGACACCGCGACCGUCACCCGCCCACCAGACGAACCAAGGCCCUUCCUCCCGCUGCUCCUGUUCUCGUUUGGAGUCAAUUUCCUCCUGCAUCUUACAUAUCCCGCGCCUUCGGCUGGCGAGGAUACCCGAGGCUAUCUGCAUGGCGGCUUGAUGAUCGACUUUAUCGGACAGCAGGGGCCCACCAGCAAGUGGAAGCUUGGAGCCCUCGACAUAUGCAUCCUGUUCCUGCAACUCGUCAUGGUUUCGGUACACGUCAAGAGGCGGGAGCUGAAGAAGAAGCUAGCAAAGCUGUCAGCUGGUGGGGGUGCACCAACCACCACCACUACCACCGGAGCCACGUCAGACUCGGCACCAACAGCCACGGCAGCAGCGACGAGCGACAAUGCGGCCCGAGAUCAAGAUGCCGAUGAUGAGGAGCGAGGUGUGCUACACCGAACCGACACUUUAUCAGACUUGGGCAUGGAUCCCGACAACGAAGAAGACGCCCUGUUGCAAUCAUCCUCCGAGUCUGGCCAUGCCGACGCUGCUGAUAUCCUCAGUUCCGGUCAAUGUGUAAUUGGCGACUUUACUCUCAUCGACACCCUUCUUCAGGAAAAUAGGGACUAUGCGGCUUACCGGCUGACGCGCACCGAAAGCGGCAAUAACGACAUGCCUGAAACGUUGCGGCGGCUCAAUACGUUGCGCACCCGGUUCGGUGUGGGGGGUGGAUGA